AUGAUAGAACUGCCAAAAAUCACCUUAGACACGACCCUCACAGACCUCUACCGCCGCGCAAGCCCUCGAAAUGCAGACAAACGUAUCGCCCAAGUCUUCUGUCUCGUCAACUCCAGCUCAGAACUCACCCCCAACGUGCCACGCAAUGCAAAAUACCUCUACCAAGACAGCCCCUUCAACGCAGUUCCACGAGAUCCAUCCAGCAGCAGACUGCCAGCUGAUGAUGACGGAAGACAGCAGCAGCGCGCACUGGCUGUGAAGUACCUCUCGCUGAUCCCGCAACGAGACGCCUUCAUCAGCGGCAACACAGCCGUCGUCCUCUUCCACACCAUGAACUCGAAGAAACGAAAUUUGCACGAUAUACGCGAGACGGAAACGACGCUCUCUGUGCUAUCCAAGACCCAACGUCCAGAUCUUACCUUCUGCCCCGGGCCCUCCGAAAUCCCCGUUGAAGAAGCCGGCAUCGAUCUGAUUGCCUGUAAAUUUGUUCUCGACGUGCUCGAAUCAUAUAGUAACCUCAUCUUCCCCCCUGAGACACACUGGUUUCUCAACUCCAAGGCUGCGCUAGCACUAUCAGGCCUUCCUACCCCGAAAACAAACAUUCUCAAGGUCGAUGGCUUGGCUGGUGAUGCGUGGGCAUGCUGUUCUUCCUGCAGCAGCUCUCAACCCCUGCCGUUUGUCCUCAAGAACCAGCAGACCUUGGGCGGUGCGGGGACGUAUAUCAUCAACACCGAGAAUAAGCGUCAAAAGCUGGUACAGGACUUUAGGAACGGCGUCCUUCGCAAGCUGCUUUCUGCAGUGACGGAGUCAAACGCUCAUCUCCAGCCCGCAGCUCUGAUCGUCUCUGAUGUGGUUGAGGAUCCUGUAGAAAACUAUGGCUUGACGUUCUUCGUCACAGACGAUGGUAAUGAGCCGAUUUUCCUGGCUGCAUCGGAGCAGAUGACAGAUGGCGAUAGCGCGUGGAUCGGGAGCACCAUUAACUACCGCCGUCAAGAACAGCUGGAGAAGAAGUUUGGGCUGUUGGUCAAAAGGGUUGCGACCUGGCUGAGAGGAUAUGGGUACGUCGGACCAGCGGGAGCUGAUGUCCUGGAAACAACAUCGUCAACGGCACCGUACUCUAAGACUAAUGGUGUGGCGAACGGAGCUUCCACCACCAUCUCUCAUUCAGUGAAUGGUGCCUCCGACUUCUCCGACUUCCACAUCGUCGACCUCAACGUCAGAACAUCAGGGUCAAUGUGCCUACCCCUCCUACGAACUCACUUCACCACCUGCGGCCUUUGGAGCGCAUCCUCCUUCUCCAUCAGCUACAAAGACUCCCGCGACGCCUUCAUCGAGUCCUUCCGGAGUGAAUUCGAGACAGGGAGGAUGUGCGUGAUCAGCUGGUACGAUGAUACGGACACGGGCUGUGGCCUGGCUGAUGUGGCAGUCGGUGCCGAGGAUGUGGAUGAGUUGCGUACGGCAAUGAAGAGAGUUCGAGAUUUGACGGAGCAGGUGACCUUCUAG